AUGGGAGAUGAACCUGAAUACUACACGGUUGCUUUCAAUACAACAACUUUAAUUGAAUCUCCAAACACCGUUUCAAUGAAAGUAAAACCAGUUGGAUCAUCAAACAAGACUAUUUCAGAUAUAACAAUAAAGUUGAACACUAAUCCAGUAAAGGAUCAUACCAAUUGUACAGUAAUAGGAUGGGGCGAUACAUAUGAGGGUUCGCAGGCAGGAAGCCCUUUUCUUCAAUAUGUAGAAAUACCAAUUAUUCCUAAAACAGAAUGUGUAAAAAUUUAUAUGAAUUUAUUAAAUAGUGACAUGCUUUGCGGUGGAUUACCAGGAAAGGACUCUUGUCAAGGAGAUUCGGGUGGUCCUCUUGUAUGCAAUAAUAAAUUGGCUGGAAUUGUUUCAUUUGGAGAGGGCUGUGGUAAAAAUCCAGGCGUUUAUACCGAUGUAUCGCAUUACUUAGAAUGGAUAAAAGAUGCACAAAAUAAUGCUUAUAUUAUAAGGCAGUCUCAUGUGUCCUUACAAUAUUAUGGGCAACACAUAUGUGGAGGUAGUUUGAUUCGAAAUGACACUGUACUGACAGCAGCCCAUUGCGUGGAAGAUACGAAGCCUGAUCACUACAAAGUAGCUGCAGGUAUUUUCAGAUUAAAAAAUAUUCCAAAGAAUAGCAUAAUGAAAGUGACCAAAAUUGUCAAACACAAAAUGUACGGCAUCAACGAAUCUUACAUGCACGAUAUAGCAGUACUAAAAGUAAAUGAAAUCGUACAAGUAAAAACUAGGACGGGGCAUUCUGGUAAAAUAAUACAAUUAAAUGACAAGCCGGUUAAAGAAGGAGCUAAUUGCACUGUCGUGGGAUGGGGAGAUUUGUAUCAGGGAUCAAACUAUGGCAGUGAUGCACUACGUUUCGUUAAUAUUUCUAUAGUUUCAAAAGUAUCGUGUGCCAAAAUAUAUCAGUCGCUAUUAACUAAUGAUAUGUUAUGUGCAGGUCAAGGUGGCAAAGAUUCUUGUCAGGGAGAUUCAGGAGGGCCACUCGUGUGCGACAAUAAACUAACAGGUAUUGUUUCUUUUGGAGCAGGCUGUGGCGAUGUACCUGGUGUAUAUACCGAUGUCUCACAUUACUUAACAUGGAUCAAAAAAGCUCAAAAUGAUGGAAGCUAUUCAAAACACUUGGAAACAAAAAUUAUUGGAGGUGAAUUUGCAAGAGAAGGCCAAUUUCUAUUCCCAGUAUCACUUAGAAAAUUAAACAAGCAUAUUUGUGGCGGGGCUUUAAUUCGAAAUGACACAGUGUUAACAGCUGCUCAUUGUGUGGAAGAUACGAAUCUUUCCCUUUACACCGUGGCAGUCGGUAUUCUUGAAAUCUCGCAAGCCAAACCAAAUGAUAUAUUGAAAGUCAGGAAAAUAAUUUCACAUGAAAAAUAUGACAAAAACUUGUUCCAACAUGAUAUCGCUGUGUUGAAGAUUGAAACUGUGGAUGGAUUAGCCCCUACGCAUAAGGGAAGAACAAUCAAAUUAAAUGAAGAUAAAGUUAAAGAUCACACUAAUUGUACUGUUAUGGGCUGGGGAGUUGUAAGAACGGCAACUCCUCCAAUAGCGAGCCCAUUUUUGAAAUAUGUUUUUGUACCAAUCAAUUCUAGAGUAACAUGUGAUAUGAUAUACAGCAAAACGUUUACUGAAGACAUGUUGUGUGCGGGUACACCAGGAAAAGAUUCGUGCCAAGGAGAUUCUGGCGGACCUCUAAUAUGCAAUGAUAAACUGGCUGGAAUCGUGUCAUUUGGAAAAGGAUGUGCAGUAUACCCUGGAAUAUACACCGAUGUUUCACAUUAUAUAUCAUGGAUUAAAAAAGCACAAAAUUCGGCAAAUGCUAAUAAUCAAUCUCUAUACUUAAUUAUUUUUACACUUGCAACGAAAUCGCAUGCUUCCAACCGCAUAGCUGGUGGUUGGGAAGCACAGACAGGAGACCAUCCCUAUCAAGCAUCCGUGCGAUAUUUACACGUAGACGCCAAGUACGGCCCUGGAACGGGGCACUUUUGCGGCGCGACAGUGCUUACGCCUACAGCGGUGUUGACAGCAGCGCACUGCGUUAACGAUGAUUCCAAAACUGUAGACAAAAGCCUUAUAAUGGUGGCAGCUGGUUCAUUGGAUUUAAAUGAUACGGAAUAUACAUCAAUGCGCACAGUCAAAUCGAUAGUAACCCAUGAAGAUUUUGAACAUGAUGGAUGGUUUAAUGAUUUGGCCAUUAUUUUUCUAUCAACGCCAUUGAAUCUUGAAAAUUCCAAUGUAUCAGCAAUUGGUAUACGACAAGAACCAGUAAGUGCAGGAAGCAAUUGCACAGCCAGUGGUUGGGGAUCUACGGAACCUUUAGAAGAAGAUCAAGAUAAUUCAGACUUAAUCUUCUACACGAGUCAAACCUUGCUAGCUGUGGAUCUCCUAGUUUGGGAUAAGGAAGAUUGUGAAAAAAUAUAUAAUCGCAAACUGCAUGAAGGAAUGAUGUGUGCAGGUCAUGAAACAGUCAUCAAAGACACGUGCCCGGGUGAUUCUGGUGGUCCCCUAGUCUGUGAUGGUUUACUAACUGGAAUAGUAUCAUUUGGUAAGCAAUGCGGGCAACUUGGAGUACCAGGAGUAUACACAAAUGUUGCUGAUUAUUGGCAAUGGAUUAACGAAACUCUAAAAAAUGGUGGAAGUAGUAUGAAUGCUCCAGAAAUACAAUACAUUUACAAAAUGUUGAUAGCUACAAUAACGUUGAUUUGCGUUCUUAUCCUAAUUUGA